GUGUGUGUGAUUGUGGGUGUGCGGCCUCUCAAGUGUGUGUGCGUGUGCAAAAGAAAAAGAUCAACGCGAGCCAAGAGCGACAACAACAAGAAUAACAAUAACAACACACAGCUGACUUCCUCUUCUUUACCUUCCUGCGUACACUGUUCGAAAUAAAAUAAUGCAAAACAACGACAACUUCCAAAACGCCGGCUUCUUAACAACCAUCAACUAGUCAACAAAUAAAUACAAAAUUAAUUAAUAUAAAUAAAACAAACAUAUCCGUCAGCACAACUAAUAACAAUUUGAAACUAAACUACAUACACCAAAUUUAUAUAGUAUAAAAGGUUCAAAUAAAUAAAUCAACAUGGAUUGGAUCAUCAACGAUGAAAUGGGCCUCACCGUGGGCCAUGUGGUCGGCUGGGCCGCCGCCUCUGCCAUGGUAAUCGGGGGCGUCAUCCCCUAUGUACCGCAAUAUAUAGAGAUCAAGAAGACGCAGGAUGCGGAUGGAUUCUCGCUAUAUGUGUGUCUAGCGUUGCUGGUGGCCAACUCACUGAGAAUACUCUUCUGGUUCUCCAGCCGCUAUGAGCUUCCACUGCUGGUGCAGAGUGUCGUGAUGAACGUGACCAUGUUCCUGAUGAUCCAUCUGUGCGUGAAGGUGAAGCGGGUUAAUGCCAAUAACCGUGAGCACGCCCUGCGAGGCGAUGAACUGCAUUUGCCCAAGGUGAUGACCGACACGGAUACGGGAGCCUCGGUCUCCACGGAGGCGGGUGGCAGUGUCCUGAAGCGAGUUCGCUCCAGGCAUUAUCUAAACGACCUUGAUUUCAAAUACUUUUGGAGCUGGACAGAUUUCCAAUCGUAUCUGGACUUUAUGCUCGUCGUUUGGGCCGUGGGUGCCGCUAUAACAUAUCUAAUGCUGUCCGUACAUUGGUUCAUGGAAUCCAUGGGCUUUGUGGCCGUCUUCACCGAGGCCAUGUUGGGGGCGCCGCAAUUUCUGCGCAAUUUUAAGAAUAAAUCAACAUAUGGAAUGAGCAUACACAUGGUGAUCAUGUGGACGCUCGGUGAUAUGUUUAAGACUGGUUACUUUAUUGUUAGGAAAGCACCAUCGCAAUUCUGGAUCUGUGGCACGCUGCAGGUCAGCUUGGACAUUGCGAUCCUCUCACAGGUGUGGUUCUACCGUAAGAAUUCCAAGCCGCGUGAUUUGCGACGCGGCGAUUAGCAGUUUGCCCCCGAAGAACAGCCACAGCACGUCCCCCAUGAUCUACAUAUAUCCCAUUCCGAGGAGCAUCAACUAUCGCUACCCGUUACCGUGAGCAGCAGUGGAGAUGACCAUUUACUCACCGCGCGGGCAGACGAUGAGCACUUCAAGGUGCUGGACUUUGGUCAGUGCCACGAUAAUCGAGCGUUCCAGUAUCACAAUAAUAACAAGAUGUUGCCCAGACCAGGCGGCAGUGGCAAGAGUAAGGAUGACAGCAGCAUGGCCGCAGCUUUGGAGGUGGUCAUUGUGCAUUCACCGGCCUCCAAGGAGCAGCGAUUGAUUGGUGCUGGUGGUCAGGAGACAAGUAGCAGCUGCUGUCGAAGGAAGCAGCGCAAUAAUGCCACACAAACCAGAUCAGAUGGCGGCAGUUGCUGCUGUGUAAUUACCACACAUCAUCAUCACUGCCAUUGUCAUAGGCAUCAUCAUCACCAUCAUCAUCAUUGUCACUACAGAAGCACAAAGAGGAGAGCUCUGCUGCACCAGAAAAGGAGUCACAGCCACCAUCGGCACAAUCACAAUCAGCAUUUACCCAUUAAGCAAACGAAUCCCAACCAAAUGCUUCCAAUGAACAACAACAACAACAACAAGUCUUCCUUGGACUCCAGCGAGGAGGGAAUGCAUCAUCAUCAUCAGGCCAUAGCCAUUGAGAUCGAUGCGGCAACGAUGAGCGAGGAUUGUGAGGAGAAUAACAGCAGCACGGCCACCUCUAAUUUUCCCUAUAAGGUAGCCAGCGAAGGUGUGAAGCCGAUUAUAAUGGCACCUCUGCGAGAACAGCAUCGUCACAGGCGAGGCUCUCUGAAUUCCAACACAACCAUCGAAACCGAUGAGCUCUCCCACGACGACGACGAUGACGAUGUGCGUAUGGGCUCCCAUCAUUUGCCGGAGGAUGAGACCCAACUAACUCAGCCGCCAAAUACAAGCUCGAGCAGCUCCACAAAGCGAGGAAAUCCAGCCUCGGCGCCAGCGAGAAAUGAAUGCGUGCGAAUCAAGAGGAAGAGGUUCAUGGCCGAACCUGGGCAGGAUUACUGCAGCAGUUGCUCGAGUUCCUGUUCUUGCAGCAGCUUGGAUGAGGAUCAUCUGGAGGGUCAGGUCCAUGAAAUGACCGUUUCGGCAGAGUGUCAUGAGUGUAGGCGAGGCAGCUUCUGUUCGUGCCACAAUUCCAGCUGCUGUUGCGGCUCUGGCUCCCAGGAAGGCGAGGACGAGGAAGAGGAGGAGGCUGACGAUGAAGAUGAUGAUGAAACCACAGGGCAAAGGGAAAGUUUUUGUACCGCUGCUGAUCACACGAUAACUCCCUCUCAGGAGGGUGAGGAUAUGCACAGCAGUACAUUGACACCCCUUAGCACCCACAGGUCUUCCUUUAUGGAUCAUGCAGAUCAUACAAUGAGGAGCGAUGAUAAUGGUGGCGGUAAUCUAACCGAUGCCGAUGCCUCCUCUCUAAGCCAGUCCGCCGAAUACUUCUCGCUAUCGUCCACCGCUGGAGGAGCCACCACCUCUUAUCCCAUCAAGGAAGAGAAGCCAAAGGAUUCAAAGGAAAGGGAUGUGGAUAUACAGCCGUCCUGCAAACACUUGAAUCCUCGCAAUCCGCAUACCAAACACAAACGCGCCGCUUCUCCUGUGGACAGCUCUUUAUGACGAAGUGUCUCGCUGGUCGCCUGGCCAGCCAUCGAUGUGAAUGCUCUGCUGCAGCAGACCAUAAGGAAGUCGGCCGUGCUGCAGGAGACGCCGGUGCGCAGGAAAUCCACUGCCAAAAAGGGAUGUCCAGCCAGAAGUGCGGAGAGUAAUGAUUCCUCCACGGCCACAUUGACGCCCAGUGUGGUUACCGUGGCCAAGUAUCCGGGACCGGGAGCGGGACUAGUGAGCACUGUGACCAGUUUAAAUGGCUGCGGAACCACCUAUAGCUACACCACCACCACGUCAGCCACUACCAGCUCCAACUCGACGACCAGUGGCAAGAGGAACUCCAAAUAUUCGCCGGUGCCCAGUUCGGAGGCGUAUCAGUGCGAUCCACUGCAGCAAAGCUCGACGGAAAUCAUCUUAUAACUCAUACAAACAUACCUCUACAACCAUGACUCUUAUACACGCUGUAUAAGUCAGGGGUUAAGAUCGUUAAUCAAUGGAAUGGAAUAUGUAGAAGACUCGUGCGGAAAGAUGGAAAAACCAAAAUUCAUUAUGCUGUUCAUUUUGCUGUUAUUCGGGGGUAACAAUUAUUACCAAGAAGAUAAGAUUAAAGCAGGUCUAGUUUAUAUAAAUGUAUGUACAUUGUUUUUUAUGUGAGAUCAUGCAUCAACAGAUUAGCCUUUAAAUUUGUAAACUAGUUUAUCAACUUUAGUUUCGGACUAUGUGAAUUAAAUGGAGAGCAAAGGGGUUUCAGCUGGGGAAGGGACCAAGCCAGAAAGUUGUCACAGCCUUUAAGUUUUCCAACAAACAAAAGAACAUAUCCACUUUGUGAGCAACCUUCCCUCAGCUCGGGCCUAGAACCUUGUUUAGAAUUAAAAACAAAACAAAUUGAUAGUAAAUUGUCAUUGUUUUUCGUACCUUAGUGAAAAUUCAUUUCGUAGUCUUGUAAGUUCGAUCGAAAAACACCAACAAAAAUCAAACAUUAAUCUCGAUAUUAUUCUUUAAAGAAUUUUUAACAUUAUCAUUUUCCUAGCAGAAUUUAUUAGCUAAGUUCCAUAAGAAUAUUGAUUCGAAAAUAAACGAAAACCCAAGCAAAACUUU